UUUUACUUUCUUUUUCUAGUUAUUCUGAGAGGGUUUUCUUUUUAAAUUUUAAAAAGUCAUAACAGGGAACAAUUUGUCUUGCCUUUGAAAACUGGUGUAAAUGAAUAAUAUACAGCAUUGUGCACAGAAAUAGACAUCCUAUUUGGGUACUUUCAUUAAUGAUGAAAGAAUAGGAUAAUAAGAAAGCCCAACAGUAUUCUGGUGCACUAACAGGAAUAACAGCUGAGCUAAAAGCCCAACAGCAGAGAAAGCAUCCAGUAGAGCUCUGUUCUUGGUCCUGGAGGAGAAUUAAUGUGCUCUCACAAAUUAGUGGCUGGACAUCUGCAAAGACAAGGACGUCUGAAGUUUGAUGUUUUUGCCCAUUCUUGCCGUUAGAGAUGACUUAAACGAGAGGAUUCAUUUUCAGCAUUGUUCCGUGGAUUAAAUAAUCCUGCAUCAGUCCAUUUCUAUAGGGUUCCUUUAAUUGCCGGGUUGAUCCAAAAAUCAAGGAAGGAUCUUUAUGGUCUCUCAAGACAUUCACCAGCAUCAAAAUCUUUGACAUCGGCUUAUUCUUCUACUCAUCCAGAAUCACAUUAGCCAUGGGAAAAUCUAAGAAGAAAGACGAGGCUGUCUUUCUGAGGAAGAAGAUCACACUUCUCAGGGCCUUUUCACUUCUCAUUGGGAGCAUGGUGGGCAGUGGCAUAUUCAUCUCUCCCAAGGGGGUCCUGAAAAACUCCGGCAAUGUGGGCCUCUCCUUAAUCAUUUGGUUUGCCUGUGGAAUUCUCUCUAUGUUUGGUGCGUUGAGUUAUGCAGAACUGGGCACACGAAUUACCAAGUCUGGAGGCCAUUACAUUUAUAUCUUGGAAACUUUAGGUCCUCUGCCUGGAUUCCUGUUUCUAUGGGCUGAAUACUUUGCUAUAAGACCAGCCAACAGCGCCGUUGUCGCCUUAGCAUUUGGACGCUACAUAUUGGAACCAUUUUUUGCACCUUGUUCGGCUCCACUCCUGGCUGUGAAGCUUGUCGCUCUCCUGGGUUACUGCAUUGUCCUUGUCUUAAAUUCUUGGAGUGUCAGCUGGAGUGCCCGGCUUCAGACCAUCUUAUCUAUCAUCAAGUUGGCAGCUCUCUCUCUCAUUAUUGUCCCAGGCAUGAUGCUUUUAGCUCAAGGCUGUACAGGAAAUUUCCAGGAUGCCUUCAAUACCCAAGCACUCGUUUUGGACAAACUACCUUUAGCCUUUUAUGCAGGGAUGUUCGCCUACUCUGGAUGGUUUCAAACUAGUUUUGUACGAGAAGAACUGGUGAAGCCAGAACGAAAUAUCCCUCUGGCUGUGAUUGUGUCUGUGAUCACAGUGAUCGUGGGGUAUAUGCUCACCAAUGUUUCCUAUUACACAGUACUGACAGCAACAGAUGUACUUGUCUCCCAGGCAGUGGCUGUGAGUUUUGCACGGAAAGCUUUCCAGAGCCUUAUCUCUGUGAUUCCAAUCUUGGUUUCCCUGUCUUGUUUUGGAACCAUGAAUGGGGGAAUUUUUACAUUUUCAAGGACAUUGUUUGUGGCUUCCAGGGAGGGGCAGUGGCCUACCCUCUUCUCUAUGAUCCACAUCCAACGCCAUACCCCACUGCCAGCCGUCUUGCUAAUGUUCCCUUUGGUGACAGCCAUGAUUUGUGUAGGAGAUCUUUUCCACUUGUUGAACUUCUUCAGCUUUUCCCGGUGGCUCUUCAUAGGAUUAGCCACCCUUGGGCUAAUAGUUCAUCGCUGCCGUCAUCCUGAUAUAUUAAGCCCGUUCAAGGUUCCUCUUUUCAUUCCCAUUUCCUUUACUGUCAUCUGCCUUUUCACAGUGGGAAUGUCUUUCUACUCAGACCCGGUUAAUAUCAGCAUUGGAUGUGCCAUCGUUUUAAGUGGUCUUCCAGUUUACUAUUUGCUCAUCAAACAAUCAAUGCCAAAUUGUUGCCGUAAAACUUUCUGUUUUCUUACACUGAAGCUUCAGAUCCUGUUGAAGGUAGUACAGCAGGAGAUCAGGACAUACUGACCAGGCCUUGCUUUGAACUGUUGACUUUGGAGAGCCUUCUGUACAAGCUUGUAUUUCCUAUCACAGCUUUGCAUGGCUGCUUCCAGUUUUGAAUUCCAACACCAUAUGGAAAGUUCACCAGAGAUCAAAGGCACAAAGAAGCUUGCCCUGAUUCUUGCUUACUAUUUGAUUGUUUUUACAAAUGUAGUCUAUGCUGCCCUUGGUAUUAUCCUCAUCUGCAAUGCAGAUGCACUUAGGUGCAACCCAUAAAUCUGAUGCAGUUG